GAGUGUGAAAGUGCUCAUGUGACAGUUAUGAUGUGGUUGGUGCCUACAAGAGCUGUGUAACCAUGUGCCCUCAUUCGCAGAGCUGCAAGAACACAGGAAGAGGAAGACCAGCUUGUGGUUUACGAACCCAAAUCUGUAGGACUUUUUGACUGCCAGCUACUGUUAUUAUCAUGCUAACAGAACAGGAGUGCGACGAAAGAGAAUCUUUAUGAUGGGAGGCUACAUGUAGGAAGUGUGAAGAAAGAGAUGAGUCAAACAUUUGAGAGGGGCUGGAUUACCUUCAUAUAUUUUUAACUGUUCUACAGGAAGCAGGCGGCUUGAUGCCACCCUCCACACCCAGGUGCUCCAUAUCAGUGAUCUGUGUCAUUUUGAACUGGAACUCCCAGCAUUGCUAUGACGCAAUCGAAAUUCCGAGUUCUCCUCCUCCUCAUCAUCCCCUUCAGCUUCCUCUCAGCCAUGUUCUUCUACAAAUUGGUAGAAAAUGGGCUUCAUCAGCAGAAACAUGAUCCAGAAGUUUCUCAAAGAAACAUCAACAUCCUGCUGUGGCACUGGCCAUUUGGCCGCUCAUACAGUCUUGCUGGAGACAAAUGCCUUGCGAUGUACAACAUCAGCCGCUGUUUCCUCACUGAUAACACCUCUGCCUUCUCAACUGCUGACGUGGUCGUGUUCCACCACCAGGAAAUCAGCAGAGGUGUGUCGUCCUUGCCCUUGCACCUUCAUCGCCCGGCCUCCCAGCGCUGGGUGUGGAUGUCACUGGAGCCUCCUGUCAACAAUAUAAAUUUAGCACAGUUCAAUGGUAUCUUCAACUGGACGAUGAGCUACAGACGUGAUGCAGACAUAUCCAUACCUUACGGAAAGACAAUUCAAGGAGGUGAUGAGCGAAGCUUCCAGGCUGCUCCGAAUCGCUCCUGCCUUGUUAGCUGGGUCGUCAGCAGAUAUCAGGCUCACCAGGCUCGGUCUGGAGUUUACAAAAGUCUAAAGAAGUACAUCCCCAUAGAGGUGUAUGGCAGAUUGACCAAGAAGCUGCUGUCAGACAAGAACCUUCUGCCCACCAUUGCAAAUUGUCUAUUUUACCUGUCUUUUGAGAACUCUGAGGUGAAGGACUACAUAAGUGAGAAGCUCUGGAGGAAUGCAUUUCAAGCAGGGGCCAUACCAGUGGUUCUCGGCCCGAGCCGGGCCACCUACGAGGCCCUGGCUCCCCCUCAGUCCUUUAUCCAUGUGGCUGAUUACAAGAGCACAGCAGAUCUGGCUGCUUACCUGAAGCAUGUGGCUCAAGACAGGCAAAUAUAUGAUAGGUACUUCCAGUGGCACCACACUCACAGAAUAAAAACUUACACUGACUGGCGAGAAAGGCUGUGUCAAAUAUGUGUCAAGUACCCCAGUUUACCAGCCAACAGGGUCUACCAGGACCUGGAGAGCUGGGUUAACAGCUGAGAGAUUGUCUCCUCGUGUUGUCAGGUCACUGGGCUAUUUUGCUGUUACUGCCUGGUCACCACAUGCUUGCAUGUGUAUGGCGAAAUACCAUACAGUAAGAGUAUAUAGGAUGUGUCUGUUGGGACCUAGAGCUUGUGAACUACAGUUCGGCCUACAUGUUUAGCCAAAGCCUGUUACCACAUGUUUCUUUGUUCUGGAGACAAAAGAGAACCUCCAGAACUCAAUCUCCCAGGGUGCUUCAACUUCCCACCUAGGUGUUAAAACUUCCCCUGGACACAACUUUCAACCGCCAUUGGUCCCCCUUGGCCCCAUGAACGAUGAGGGCACCGGGCCAAUAUAAGCCCCAUGUGAACAUUUGUUCUCACAUUGGCCACCCGCUAUUUUGAAACUUACACACACAACACACACACACACACACACUGCUUAAAGUCAGUACACCUUUAGUUAGUGUGUUUAUACUUUUAUCACUUUCAUAAUAAAUGUUUUUCUUUAACAAA